AUGCGCACGACAGCGACACUCCAAGGUGCCGAUAACGCCCUCCUCGACGACAACAGUAUAUCGAAUAAUGGGCCAGCGGCUGGCCACCGUCGUCUCGCACCAUCGCUCCCCAUCAUGCCCCAACAAAGCAACAGCCAGGAGAGCACCACCUCCCUAAAAGGGAACUCCAGAGAUGGCUCAAACACGGGCACAAGUACCAGCGCGAGCAGCCUUACAAACGCCGGUUCUAGCAGCGACGGUCAGUUUUGGAACAGUACACAGCGACUGGCGAAAAAGUACCGCACCGAGGUUGCCGCUUCAGCCUCGAGCGUGCUGUCCACAAUGUCCACAUUUCCCCUCGAUAGCGUCAAGACACGGAUGCAGACGUACAAAUAUGCCGGCUUUGUCGACUGUGUAAAACAGACCUACCACACUGAGAAGCUCAGGGGCUUCUUCCGAGGCGUCACGGCCCCGAUGCUCAGCAUAACUGCGGUGCGGACUGUGUCGUUCUCCAUCUAUCAGCGCUCAAAAUACGCAUAUAGUGACUGGGUCAAGCGUAACUUUGGCUUUGAUGUCAUGAGCCACGUCGCCUCCCACGGGUCGUUACCCAAUCUCUGGACUGUGGCCACCUUUGGCGCCGCUGGCGCAACGGCCGGAUCGUGCAUAACUUUAAUAGCUUGCCCAUUCGAGUUGACCAAGCUCAGUGCGCAAGUCUCAGUCCUCAUGGCGGACAAGAAGAAUUGCCUAAAACCGGGCAGCCAUGCCAUUGCCGCGAGUUACCAGAACAAGGGGACUUUGAAGACAAUGGGAAACAUUGUGAAGCACCGAGGACUAGGUGGUCUUUACACCGGUUUCGGCUUGCAUCUGACCCGAGAUACCCUCGGUACUGCCAUGUACUUCAUCACCUAUGAAAGCAGCAAACAGCUGCUUACUACUUUUGGCGGGGAUGGUAGCCAUAACAACCCUUUCGCAGUGCUGAUCGCGGGUGGCAUGUGCGGAAUAGUCUCAUGGGCGCUAAUCUACCCCGUCGAUUCAGCGAAGAGCAUUUAUCAACGCAAUUCGCUUAUGUAUACAAAGGGUGAAAAGGUCGAGCCGGUCAAGAUCCGCUUUUUCCAGCGCAAUAUGUAUCGCGGUCUUGGCGUAUCAAUGGCUCGGUCUUGUGCGGUUAAUGCUGUCUUCUUUUCGUCCUUCGAAUUCUUGAAGAAGCGCAUUAAGGACAUGGAAGACCACUAA